CCCAAGUCCACUGUCAUCCUUCCUGUCCCAGCAACUGUGACUCUUCAGAGUUUGCAGGAGCAAACCACAUUCAUUUGAGCAAAUGGUGUUUCACAGAGAGAGAAUAAUUGGGAGAGUUGAGCACAUGGUUGUAGGAAUGUAGGACAGUUGUAGCACAUGUAGAAAUCUUUAUGAGCCUUGACUUUGACUUAGGACUUGGGCCCCCAUCUCUGUCUUGCAGGACAAUGUCAUCCUCUGUCCCCCAGAGACUCCUUUGGCUAGCAGGCCUGUGCUGCCUUUUCUCUGGCUCCCAGCCUCAAGAUUCCCUGCAGAGAGAUGAGGAUGAACAUGACUAUGGAUCUAUGAACUAUGGGUUUUGCGAAAGCGUCUACUACAACAUCUUCCGGCUUACCUUCACCUUGUAUCAGAAGUCUGAUAGUUGGACAAAAGAUACCAACAUCUUAUUCUCCCCAGUGAACAUCAUUGUUGCCUCUUUAAUCAUCUCCCUGGGAGCCAAAAAUAAUACCCACAACCAGAUCCUGGAGGGAUUGCAGCUCAACAUUACAGAACCAACAUUGUACACUCUAAUAUGUAUGAAGCAGCUUCUGCAUAACCUCCUGAAAAACCACAAGCCACAGCACCUAACCAUAAAGAGCAGCAUAUUCCUUGACCAGAAUCUGAAGCUGGUAGACUUUUUUGCAAAUGCGAUCCAUUGGCUGAACUCAAUAAAACCCAUUCCUGUCAACUUCAAUGACACCUACAGAGCCCAAAAACAGAUCAACGAGUAUGUGGAGGAUGAAACCCAAGGGAAAAUAGUGGGAUUGUUCAAGGAUCUGGAGAAAGACAAAGCUUUUGCUCUGAUGAAUUACAUCUUCUUCCAAGGCAAAGAGUAUGAUGAAGCCGAGGCUGAACACACCUUGGAAGAGGACUUCCAUGUGAACAAGUACAGGACCGUGAAAGUGCUCAUGAUCAAUCGCCGAGAUAUAUAUUUAUUGUACCGAGAGGAAGAGCUGUCCACCUGGGUGGUGGCAAAUCCUUAUAGGAAUGAAGUCAUCGCCAUCUUCAUGUUGCCUGACCAGGGGAAGAUGAAGAGACUAGAAGAAACCUUGAAUCAAAAUUACUUCGAAAAUAUCAUGAGGCUCCUCAAAGUAAGAACUGCAAAUGUGUACUUUCCCAAACUGGCUAUGUCCACAACCUAUGACCUGGAGAUCAUCCUGAGCACACUGGGCAUCACCCAGGCCUUCAGCAAUGAGGCUGACCUCUCAGGGAUCACACAGGAUGCUCCCGUGAAGCUCAAUAAGGCUUUGCAGAAGACUGUACUGACCUUCAGCAACAAAUCAACGAAAGCCACAAGGAACACCGGUUUGAGUGAGGGGAACUUGACGAAGGUCCCCACCAUCCGGUUCGACAAGCCCUUCCUAGUUUUCAUUAAAAACGAAAUCACCGGUGUGCCCCUCAUUGUGGGAAGGGUGACAAAUCCCACAGAAAAUAGUUGCCUCUAAAUUCCAGUCAUCCUCACCACCCUGCCCCAGCAUGUCCCCUCCCUGCUGACAUUAAACACAGGAUAGUUUCACUC